GUUCCAACUGUAUAACGAUCGCUGCUCGGCAAGUCUCGCCUGUGAGCUUACGAACUCCGGACUAGCGGAGUAUUGAGAGACGGCCUCAGUUUUCUUUGUGCGCCAUCAUCUGCAGAGUGACGGAUCUGUCUGAGAGCUGUCGGUGGUUCGGUGAGGAUCAGCUGUAACUUUUUAUGGUCAAGAUGUUGAUGAUCGUGCUGCUCUUACACGGUGUGUGUGUGCUGCUGCUGUCUGUACCGACGGUUUCUGCAGUGUCUCUGUCUGUCAGUCCAAACCUUCAGCAGGUCUUCAGAGGAUCUUCUUCAGUGGAUCUGAGUUGUGUUGAUGAUGGACAGCCAGCUGAUGGAUGGACAGUGAAGAGGACCAGAGGAGGAUUCACUGAGGACUGUGGAGCAGCUGCAGGCUUUGGGAGGCUUCUUGUUUCCUACUGUGUUGUGGAUCUUUCUGCUCCCAGUGAAACCUUCUGGUGUGAGGACUCCUCUGGACAGCAGAGUGACAGAGUCUCCUUCAGUGUCCAAUCAGACACUACAGAUAAAGGUGUCAUCCUGGAGAUCCCUGCACUUCCUGUGAGGACAGGAAGUGAUGUCAUUCUGCGCUGCAGACAGAGGAAUGGUGCCACAGUCGCAGCUUAUUUCUUCAUCAAAGGAAUUUCUGUUGGUCCUAAACCAGAGCACAUCAUCACUAACAUCAUGCAGGCUGAUGAAGGUCUCUACUGUUCUACUGAUGAGGGUGGAAAGUCUCCUCAGAGCUCUCUGAGGGUCAGAGAUUCUCCUACCAUCAUUCAUCCUCCUCCUCCUCCAAGCAGCUCCACAAACUUUGAUCCUCCUCUUUUGCUCGACAAAAAAGUGUCUCUGUCUGUCAGUCCAAACCUUCAGCAGUUCUUCAGAGGAUCUUCUUCAGUGUAUCUGAGUUGUGUUGAUGAUGGACAGACAGCUGAUGGAUGGACAGUGAAGAGGACCAGAGGAAACCUCACUGAGGACUGUGGAGCAGCUGCUUCAGAGUUUAGUAGGAUUAACAGUUCCUUCUGUGCUCUCGGUCUCUCCACUGGUGGAAAUUUCCUGUGUGUAAACUCAUCUGGACAGCAGAGUGAUGAAGUCUCCAUCAGUGUCUCAGGCAAAGGUGUGAUCCUGGAGAUUCCUGCACUUCCUGUCAUGGCAGGAAGUGAUGUCACUUUGUACUGUACACCCAAAGAGGGAGAAAGACGAAAAUCUUCCUUCUUCAGAGAUAAUGUUACACUUGGAUCUGGACCUGAAGGAAAGUGGAAUCUCUCUAAAGUCAACCGGUCUGAUGAAGGUCUCUACUCGUGUCAUACUGAUAUUCAUCCACGUUCUCCUCAGAGCAGACUGAGGGUCAGAGAUCCUCCUCCCACCACAACCUCUCCUCUUCUUCUCACUACUUUCCCUCCCUCCUCUUCCUCUCCACACUCUUGCUCCUCCCUUCCUCUUUAUCUCCUGGUCCUCCCUGUAGUCCUGGUCCUGGUCCUGGUUGGAGGUGUGGUCCUGUGGAGGAAACAGAGAGGAGGUGGGGGAGCAGACCUGUGGAGCUGUGGAGGUGACGGCUGUCUGAGACGGAGCGUCUGCCUCUGCUUUUCAGGCCUGUUUCUGCUGACUGCUGCAGGUGUGUGUGUGCUGCUGCUGUCUGCUCUGACCGUUUCUGCAGCUCCUCCUCCCUGUGAGUCUGUGCUGAGGCUCUUCUGCCAUCUAGUGGUCUUCUGUCUGUACUGCAUCUCCACUGGUCUGCUGCUGUCCACCUGCUGCAGCAGGAAGACACCGAACAAACCGGCCGUCUCCAUGGAGAUGAGCCAGCAUGAUGGAGGAGGUCAGGGACUGGCUGAAGAUGGUGAUGAUGUCACUGAUGAUGACACUGAUGAUGUCACCACUGAGCAUGCCUUCUGAGCUGCAGACUGUGUGUCAGGGUACCAGCAUCUGCAGUAUUUCUGUUUCUUGGUUCCUCUUUUGCUGUAUUGGAGAAAAGUUCUAGUGUUGGUCAUUGGUCACUUUAUUGUCCUUAACGGGAAAUUGGUUUGCAGUAUGUCCGUACAGAAAACAAACAGACAGACAACCAAACACAUCACAUACACACACAAGAAUAAUAUAAGCCUGAGAAAACAACCUAGAUUUUUCAUCAAAAAAGUGCAAUGUGCAACAACACUUAUGGUUUAGUGCUAUUAACUAUGAUAAUAGCAGUAGGUACAUGCUCUAGGUAUGUCUCUUUGUCUUCACUGCAGGACUUUAUAAUGACGAUCAAGCAGUUGAAAGUCAUUAAAGAGAGGAUGAUCUGAACACAACAUGACAGAGGUUUCCUUCCUCAGCACCUGCCUGUUAUUAAAGUCCACAAGCUGGACCUGAGACCUCCCUGAAAUCUGACCAGCCACUUUAACCAGGUUGCUAAUUCUGGUCUUAUUAUUCAGGGACAUAUUACCGUACCAAGCAAUGAUACAGAAGGUUAAAACAGAUUCAAUAAAACUUUUAUAACAAAGAGUCAUCACUUCAGAAGAAACAUUAAAACCUCUCAACCUCCUUAAAAAGUACAGUCUUUGUUGAACCUUUUUCACUGUAGCAGCAAGAUGUGACUCAAAG